AUGGCCCAGGACCCACCGAGGCCGAGCGUCUCCAUCUCGCCCAUCUCGCCCCCCGACGACGGCACGAGCCCCUCCACCAUGGUCGAACCGUCCCGAGGCUUCACCUCGGGCGCCCAGAAUCCUGGUCUGCGCCCCGAGGCCUCGUUCGACAGCAAGGACAGCCGGCCGACGAGCCCCCACAACGUCUCGAGUCCUGUCCUCGGACGGGGAGCCGACGACGGCGCCGGCUUCCUCUCCGUCCCGCACCCCGGCCGAUCCCGCCAGAACUCGGUCGACUCCCAGGAUGCGGCGCGAUCGGUUAGCUCCCAGGGCGAGACCACCGUCGUCGCCUCGAGCUACACCCAGGUUGAAAAGUUAAAGGCCGCAGGCAACGACAAGGUCAUGAAUGACGAAAAGGCCCUGACUCCCGACGUGGGAACCGAGGAAGAUUUCGAGGUCGACAACAACCCGUUCGCCUUCACCCCCGGCCAGCUCAACAAGAUGUUCAACCCGAAGAGCCUGCCGGCCUUUUACAAGCUUGGCGGCCUGCGCGGUUUGGAAAAGGGUCUCCGGUCGGACCGCAAGGCGGGCCUCAGCACCGAGGAGUCGCACCUCGACGGCGUCGUCACCUAUGACCAAGCCACCGGGAGCGGCGACAAGGCGACGACGGAAGGCGUCGCCGCCCCGAUGGUUCGCCAGCCGACGGACAAGUCGUUGCGGGCCAAAAGCGGUCCCUUCGCCGACCGGUACCGCGUCUUCCGGGACAACCGACUGCCGGAGAAGAAGGGCAAGAGCCUGCUUCAGCUCAUGUGGAUCACGUACAACGACAAAGUCUUGAUACUGCUCUCCAUUGCCGCCGUUGUCAGUCUUGGCGUCGGUCUCUACCAGACCUUUGGCCAGGCGCACCCGGACGGGGAACCUGCCGUCGAAUGGGUCGAAGGUGUCGCCAUCGUCGUCGCCAUCGCCAUCGUCGUCAUUGUCGGCUCCCUCAACGAUUACUCCAAGGAACGCCAGUUCGCGAGGUUGAACAAGAAGAAGCAGGAUCGCAACGUCAAGGUCGUCCGCAACGGGAAGACGGUGGAAAUCUCCGUCUUCGAUCUCAUGGUCGGCGAGGUCAUUCAUCUCGAGCCCGGCGACCUCGUACCCGUCGACGGUGUUCUCAUCGAAGGCUUCAACGUCAAGUGUGACGAGUCGCAGACCACGGGCGAGUCGGACAUCAUUCGCAAGCAAGGCGGCGACCAGGUGUUCUCCGCCAUCCAGAACCACGAGAACCUCAAGAAGAUGGAUCCCUUCAUCCAGUCCGGCGCUCGCAUCAUGGAAGGCGUCGGCACCUACAUGGCCACCUCGACCGGCAUCUACUCCUCCUACGGCAAGACGCUCAUGGCCCUGAACGAGGACCCCGAGAUGACGCCGCUCCAGGCCAAGCUCAACGUCAUCGCCACCUACAUCGCCAAGCUCGGCGGUGCUGCCGGCCUGCUCCUCUUCAUCGUCCUGUUCAUCCAGUUCCUCGUCCGCCUGCCGCGCCUGCCGCCCGGGACGACGCCGGCCGAGAAGGGCCAGAUGUUCCUGAACAUAUUCAUCGUCGUCGUCACCAUCAUCGUCGUCGCUGUCCCCGAAGGAUUGCCCCUGGCCGUCACCUUGGCCCUCGCCUUUGCCACGACGCGCAUGUUGAAGGACAACAACCUGGUUCGCCAUCUCAAGGCGUGCGAAGUCAUGGGCAACGCGACGACCAUAUGCUCCGACAAGACGGGCACCCUGACGCAGAACAAGAUGCAGGUCGUGUCCGGAACGGUGGGCACGAACCACCGGUUCGGUGGCGCCCGCCCCGUGUCGGCCGCCGACGACGAUGACGACGACGCGCCGCCGGCCCCCUUCGACACGAGUGCCGACGUCUCCGCCUCGCAGCUGACGUCGGCGCUCAGCGCCCCGGUCAGGGACCUGCUGCUCAAGUCCAUCGCCCUCAACUCGACCGCGUUCGAGGGUGAGGUCGACGGCGAGAAGACCUUCAUCGGCUCCAAGACCGAGACGGCGCUCCUUCUCUUCGCCCAAGCCCAUCUCGCCAUGGGCCCCGUCAGCGUGGAGCGCGAGAAUGCGACGACGGUCCAGCUGAUCCCCUUCGACUCGGGCCGGAAAUGCAUGGGCAUCGUCGUGCAGCUUCCCAAGGGUCGCGUCCGCCUCUACGUCAAAGGCGCCUCCGAGAUCCUCCUGGCGAAAUGCACCGAGACGUUGCGGGACCCUUCCGCCGACGACUCCCUCGCCGCGCUCACCCCCGACGACACGCAGACGAUCACGCGGCUCAUCGAGAGCUACGCCAUGCGCUCCCUCCGAACCAUCGGCAUCUGCUUCCGCGACUUCGAGUCUUGGCCGCCCAAGCCCGCCCGUCGCGGGGGCGGCGGCAAGGACGAUGUCCGGUUCGAGGACGUCUUUCAGAACAUGGCCUUCAUCGCCGUCGUCGGCAUCCAGGAUCCUCUACGCGACGGCGUCUUCGAAUCGGUGAAGCUGUGCCAGAAGGCCGGCGUCGUCGUCCGAAUGGUGACGGGCGACAAUAAGAUCACGGCCCAGGCCAUCGCCAAGGAGUGCGGCAUCCUGCAGCCGAACAGCGUCGUCAUGGAGGGUCCCGACUUCCGCAACAUGAGCAAGCUCCAGCAGGAGGAGAUCAUCCCGCGGCUGCACGUCCUCGCCAGAUCCAGCCCCGAGGACAAGCGCAUCCUCGUCAAGCGGCUCAAGGACAAGGGCGAGACGGUCGCCGUGACGGGCGACGGCACCAACGACGCGCCGGCUCUCAAGAUGGCCGACGUCGGCUUCUCCAUGGGCAUCGCCGGCACCGAAGUGGCCAAGGAAGCCUCCGCCAUCAUCCUCAUGGACGACAACUUCUCGAGCAUCGUCAAGGCCCUCAAGUGGGGUCGCGCCGUCAACGACGCCGUCAAGAGAUUCCUGCAGUUCCAGCUCACGGUGAACGUGACGGCCGUCGUGCUCACCUUCGUCACGGCCGUGUCCAGCGAUAAGGAGCAGUCGGUCCUGACGGCCGUGCAGCUCCUCUGGGUCAACCUCAUCAUGGACACGCUCGCGGCCCUCGCGCUGGCGACGGAUCCUCCGCAGGACAGCGUCCUGGACCGGAAGCCGGAGCCCAAGGGGGCGGGCAUCAUCUCGACGACGAUGUGGAAGAUGAUCCUCGGCCAAGCCAUCUACCAGCUCACCAUCACCUUCCUCCUGUACUACGGGGUCCCGAAUGGCUUGAUCGACGGCAUCAUCACCAACGAGCCUCUGCCGUCGGAGGUGGUCAACACGCUCGUCUUCAACACCUUUGUCUGGAUGCAGAUCUUUAACCAGUGGAAUAACCGUCGGUUGGAUAACAAGUUCAACAUUUUCGAAGGUCUCAGCCGGAACCCGUUCUUCAUCGGCAUCAGCCUCAUUAUGUGUGGCGGGCAGGUGCUCAUCAUCUUCGUCGGCGGCGCGGCCUUCCAGAUCGCCGAGGCGGCGAGCCGCGACGCGGCGCUGUGGGGCAUCGCCCUGAUCCUCGGCGCCAUGUCGAUCCCCGUCGGCAUUGUCAUCCGUCUCGUGCCCGACUCGGCCGUCGCGGCGCUCGUGCCGAACUUCCUGAAGCAGCGCGCGCACAAGGUGCCGGGCCUGACCGUCUCGGACGAGGAGAUGGACAUGUACCCCGAGCCGCUCGCCGACGUGCGAGACGAGCUCAACUUCCUGCGGCGCAUGAAGGGAGGUCGGUUGAACAACCUCAAGUUUGCCGUGCAGCACCCGCGGGACACGCUCAUGCGGCGGUCCCGGAGCCCGUCGCACUCGAGAUCGAACUCGGUGUACGGGCCGCCGUCGCCGACGCGGGAAGACAGCUUCGGGGACCGCGCGGCGACGCCCGACUCGCGACGACGGCCGAGGUCGAACCGGUCGCGCUCCAACUCGGCGCUCGGGGCGCCGACGGUCAUGGCCGGCAUCGUCGCCGCCGGUGUCGCCGCCGGCUGGUCGCCGAUCGGCCGACCCAACGCCGAGGGAAAGGGGGACGAGGCGGGCGAGGCCAACAAGAACAGCAACGGCAACAAGAACGUCGACGAAGACGACAACAACGCCCAUGCCACGAGCGGCGGAAGUGCCGAGGAGAAGGGCGCCGACGCGGGCGAAGCACAAGGCGGCGAGGGGAAGCGGCGGUAG